AUGGGCCUUAUAUGUGGCCACUCGCACAUUACCUACAACAUGACAUCUAGUAACAAUUUUGAACAAGAAAUCGCGGCAAAGCAUACGAGACUAGUGACUGCGUUUGAUAGUGGCAUUACGAAGCCAAUUGAGGCUCGUAGGCAGCAGCUGCGACAGUUGUAUUUCGCGAUUGCCGAUAACGAGGAAGCAUUGAAAGAAUCUUUGGUUAAAGACCUUUACCGGUCACCUAUUGAGACUGAAAUUUUGGAGCUCCAUCUUAUUUACGCCGAAAUUGAAGCAGCUAUCAAAAAUCUGGGCAAAUGGGCCGCAGAUGAGAGCAUUUGGGGAGAUAUUCGGGUCGCUGCAGCUCGGCCUAAACUGAAAAAGUCACCUUACGGGGCAGUUUUGAUUCUCGGUCCUUGGAAUUACCCGCUUGUUUCGACUUUAAUCCCGGUGGCCAGCGCUAUUGCCGCCGGUAACACAGUUUUGUUAAAGCCCACCGAGAUGGCACCGAACUCGACCGAGCUCCUCUGCUCAAUUCUUGGCAAAUAUCUGAACCCAAACGUUUUCCAGUCUGUGCUAGGAUCAGUGCCCGAGUCGACCUAUCUCUUGAGUCUCAAAUGGGGCAAAAUCAUGGUCACCGGCUCCUGUGGCGUAGGCAAGAUUGUCGCGACUGCCGCGGCCAAGAAUCUAACCCCAGUUGUUUUAGAGCUCGGCGGAAAAUCUCCGGUUGUUAUAACUGCAAAUGCCGAUUUACAAGUGGCUGCUAAACGCAUUGCUUGGGGUAAGUUCAUUAAUGCUGGACAGACCUGCAUAGCCCCGGAUUAUGUCUUGGUCGACAGUAAAGCUGCAAAGAAGUUUAUCCGGGAGUUUAUCGAUGCAACGGUUGCAAUGUAUCAAAAUCUUGACAAGGAUAGCCGUGACUUUGCUCAUAUCGUGAACAGCAGGCUCUGGCACAGGAUGGUUACGCUUGUACAGAACACCAAAGGUCAAGUUGUUUUCCAGCAUGGGCAACCCGACGAAGGCACCCGGUUCUUCCCUCCCACAGUCGUUACCGACGUGGGGAUUGAUGAUGUGCUAAUGGAGGAGGAGAUUUUUGGACCUAUACUGCCUGUCAUUGCUGUUGACAACGUUGUUCAAAACGCCAGUCGACUUAUUGCGCGAAAUGAUCACCCUCUGGCGCUCUAUAUUUUCACAAAUGACGAAACUGAAGCCGAUCGACUUAUCGAAACAACUAGAUCUGGUGCUGUGUUGAUCAACGAUACGGUGUUGCAGGGUGGAUCUGUCGGUGUGCCGUUCGGCGGCGUUGGCUCAUCCGGAACAGGUAGGUAUCAUGGGAAAUACGGGUUCGAUGAAUUCACUUAUGAACGGCCUGUUUUGACGCAAUCGUUGGCUCUUGAGAAAUUUAUGAAGGCCCGCUACCCUCCAUACAAUUUCGCUAAACUGAAAGCUCUACGACGACUUGGCCGAAGAAACCCCCGGUUUGCUCGUGAGGGAAGUCUCGAGGAUUCGUUCUUGAAACGAGUGCUUGACAGUAAGCUCUUCUGGAUAGCCCUGAUUUUUGGCGGAAAGGCCUACGCCAUGUCGGCCCAUUUAUAA